ACCAAUAUAUACACAAGAGUUGUGUCCCUUUGUUGUGACCAUGUUGGCUGUGUAUUUUCAGUGAACCAGUACAAGUGUCCAUGCUGUGAGAUGACAUGUCCCACACCAUCAAGUCUCAAGUCUCACCUGCGAUACCGUCACACUAACGACAAACCGUUCAAGUGUCAGCACUGUGAACACAGUUGUAAGACUGCUGCAGACCUACGGAAACACAUGGAUAGCCAUAGUGUGGAGGUGCCAUUCCGCUGUCACGUACCAGACUGUGACUACGGGGCACGGACUUACAGCAGUCUGUCGAACCACUUCAAACGUACUCACCAGGAGGUGGAUGUCCAGAAGUACGCCUGCCACGUGUGUAAGUCAGUGUUCAGCCGAGGCUCAAAGUUAACUGUCCACCUGAAAAAACGACACAAAUUCCGAUGGCCUUCUGGUCAUUCUCGGUUCAGGUAAUGCACCAACAAAUGUUAACUGAACUUGUCAAUCAGCACAAUACACUUUAUAUCAGUUAAUUUUGACAAAUAUAUAUAUCUUUAGAUGGUCCUUCAGACAACCUAUGUGCAAAAAAU